GCCUCCGCAGGCGCUGCCAGCCUCACCAAUGACAGCCUCGGACCAAUCAGAAUGAGUACUGUUGCUCACGCCCUCAGAGGACGCUAUUCCCCGGAAGUGCCUGCGCCGUGCCCCACGUGUGACACUGACAGGGACCGAGAGGCUGAGCGGCGACGAUGAACCUGUUGCCCAGGAGCAGUAAAGAGUUCUCCUCCAGCGAGUACUGGGAGCAGUUCUUCCGGCGCCGGGGCGAGCGGGCUUUUGAGUGGUAUGGAGGCUACCUGGAGCUGUGCGCAGUGCUGCAUAAAUACAUUAAGCCGAAAGACAAGGUAUUAGUGGUAGGCUGUGGUAACUCCGAACUGAGUGAACGACUCUAUGAUGCUGGAUGCCAAAAUCUGACAAAUAUUGAUGUGAGUGAGGUGGUCAUUCGUCAGAUGAAUGAACGCAAUGCCAAUCGACGGUCCAAUAUGACAUACCAACUGAUGGAUGCUACACAGACUACGUUUCCCGAUUCUCACUUUCAGGUUGUGCUAGAUAAGGGAACAUUAGAUGCAAUACUAACUGAUACCGAAGUAGAUACACUAGAAACCGCUAGAAAGCUGUUUGUUGAAAUUGGCCGUGUCCUGCAGGUUGGUGGACGUUACCUUUGUGUGUCCCUGGCCCAAGCUCAUGUGUUGGUGAAGCUGGUCACACAAUUUUCGCAAGCUGGUUGGAUGAUGCGGGUUCACAAGGUCUCAGAAGGCAGCAGUAAGGAGUCUGGCAGCCAAUUUCCAUUGCCAGUGUUUGUGUUUGUGAUGACCAGAGUCCGGGAGAUGCCUGGUUUUCCCCAGGUCUUAGAAAUGAUGCCGGAUGAGGAGGGUCUAAAGCCUGUACGCUGCGGAAGUCCUGAUGAACUAAUGGAAGCUGUUCGGGAACGACAACGUUAUGCUUUAAUGCGAAAUCGCCUAAACCAGAACCAGACUUCUCAGGAGGUGUCACUAGACUUGUGUGCAGGAGACACUGGAAAAACCCGUUAUACAUUUCACGUGGUGGACUGUCCAACGAUUCGACUUUCACACUCUAAUCACUUUGCUAUCUUCAUCAUCCCGCAGGGUAGAGAAACAGAGUGGCUUUUUGGGUCGGAGCCAGGGCGGAGGCAGUUGGCAGGAAGUGUUGGAUUCCGACGUCUAAUAAUUGUGGCCCUGCAUAGAGACCAACAAUAUGAAAGCAUGGAGACUAUUCAGUCAGAGUUGUCUGCCAAAGUUUUAGAACUAGCCCCCCCAGGGUUACCAGAUAACAAGCAGAUUCCAUUUUUGUCAGCCGGUGGAGACCUAGGAACUCGUACAAUCCAGAAUCGCGGCAAGAGCGAGCUGAGUGGGGAAUAUGUAGUGGAGGAUGUACGUGGAGAUGGUAUCAACUACUUCAGGCGUCUUAUAUUCCUCAGUAACCAAAAUGUAGUACAAUCCGAGGCCAGACUACUGCCAAGUACCACACACAGUGGACAGAAAAAGAAGAAAAAAGAUAGAAAGAAACCUCUGCAGAAGCCAGAAGAGAAAGUGGGGCUUCCGAGCACACAUGUGAUUGACAAGAGCUACUUGUGCUGUGAGCAUCAUAAAGUAAUGAUUUCAGGACUAGCACUGCUUCACAACCCAGGAGUACUACCAGACCACAGCAUAUGCGUUUUGAUAGUAGGGCUGGGUGGAGGCAGUUUAUCACUCUUUAUCCACGACUAUUUUCUGGGCUCACAAGUUGAAGCUGUUGAAAUCGACCCCUCUGUAUUGGAUGUGGCAUGUCACUGGUUUGGGUUCUUACAAGAUGAGCGAUUGAAGGUCCACCUUGCUGAUGGCCUAGUUCAUAUAAAUGACCUGGCAGACAAAGGAAGUGCUUCUUAUGAUGUAGUGAUGUUCGAUGUGGACAGCAAAGACCUGAGCCUUGGCAUGAGCUGCCCACCCCCAGCGUUUGUACAGAAAACAUUUCUUCAAAAUGUCAAGAAGAUCCUAAAGGCUGAUGGGGUCUUUAUUCUGAACUUGGUGUGUCGUGACCCUGUGCUGAAGGGACAGGUGAUAAAUGAUAUUCAUGAGGUUUUCCCCCUGAUUUAUACACAAAAGAUUGAGGAUGAAGUGAACGAAAUCCUGUUUUGUCGCUGUAGCCCUGAGCUGAGAUGUAGCCUUGUGGAUUUAAAGGAGUCUGCAAGAAGUUUAGAGAAGCAGAUCAAGAGACCUGGGACCCUCUGGGAUGAAACCUAUGUUCUAGCUGACAUGUUUAAAUCGUUGCAUAUUGUUUGACUUUGCAUCUGUACGGACUCUUAAGUGGCCUUCUUCAAAAAUGAAACUACUGGCGUCUAAUAAAUGCUGUAGAGAGCAAUGUGAGUUAGGGGUAUUAAUUUACAUACCAAAUAAAAGAGAAAAAUAUUUGGAGAUUUGUUAUUUUAUAGAUCAAAAACAGCCUUUUAUCCAUUGAUGUGUAUUUGACUUCAGCAUCAUGAAAGUAUAGCUUUAUGUAUUAUGACUUAAAGGAUGUGUUACUGGGGAAAUGACUAUUUCACUGAUGUACUACCGUGAAAAUAUUUUUUAGUAUUUAUAUUGUAUAAAAUGACAUCAAGCUGA